UGUCGGCGAUGGGAGACGGGAGGGUGCCCGGGUCGCGGUCACUUCCACAGGCGCGAGCCGAUCCGCUCCGAACCGUUGUCGUCCCUCCCACUCGAGAUGGCUGUCAAGGACACGCUCCUCCUCGUUCUCAAGAUCGUUCCCCUCGCGCUCUACCUGCGCGCGGCGGCGUGCAAGUACUCCGUCCCCAUCCUCGGCUGCGACGGCGAACUCUGCCCCGUCGCCAUCGGCAAGAAGGGCGACUGCGUCCCCACCGCCAACACCGCUGAGCAGUUGGCGUGGUGCGAGCACGCCUGGACGCCGUGGGCCAACGGCCUGAUGUCCUCCGCGGGUAUCGACUACCGCUUCAAGUGCAGCGCGGGCGACGGUCACGAGUUCGCCAAGAUCAUCGGCGCCAUCGAGGUCUGGGGAUACGUCCUCCUCUGGGCAGCGCCCCAGAUGGGCGCGUUCAUCCUCACCGCGCUCAUGACGGGCGCCGUUCACUUCCACCUCACGUUCCUCAAGGACAAGCCCGAGGCGCUGGUGGUGCAGUUCGCGCUCCUCGCGGCGUCGUGCGCGGUCAUGAUGCUCUCCGCGGACGCCAAGGCCAAGAAGGUAAAGAAGGCGUGAGAGACGAAGGCGAGGCGCGAGAUGUGAAAAAGAAGGGUUUUUGAGAGAGUCGCACCGAGAGUCUCUUCGUCCGGCGCGGGUCGACGCGUGUGCGUUAAACGGUGUCGUGUAUGAUGAUACAACGCGCGGCGCAGCCGGCGGCGCGGCUAAUACGUUUCCUAAAAUUUUCAUCCAUCCUCCGUCGUCCCUUCGCGCCUCGGCCCCCCCGUCGUUCCUCGCCGAGCGUCCUCAGAGCGCGAACGCCUCGUCCAGGAAGG